AUGGACUCCUCCCGUUCUAGUCUUUAUGAUAAUUAUGAUUUGUAUGAGACUCUCAAUGGUAAAACCGGCCUCUUUGCAAUAGCGGUGGUCAUGAUUUUUGUAGCAAUUAUAAUUAUUACAUUCAUUGUACGAAUCAUUCAGUUUCCCCACCUCCGCCAACAAGUUACCAAUUAUUUCAUUGCUGACAGCACUCGAAGCGCACCCACAAGAAUACUUAAGAUGAUCAUUUUCUUGUUCCUUAUUGCCGGAUUGGUAGGAGUAAUUUAUUUCAAUGUUUAUAAAAUGUUUCAUUAUCCCCCAAAGUUAUCUAUGAGUUUAGAAGAAAAUGAUUCUUUUCCAUCUAUGCUUUUUUGCCCAAACGUAAAAAAUGCUAGUUUUAACAUUGUAGCUGCAUCAUAUUAUGAAAGUAAUUCUGAUGUUAAUAAAAAUAAUCCACUUGUUGAUUUAAUUGGCUCGAAAGUUUUUCAGAAGGAUAAUCUAGGAGAAAAUAGUGAUUGUGAAUUUUUUAAUGGGACAUUAUUCCCAUCGUUCUUGAAGAAGAAGAAGAAUUUUGCUGGAGGAAUUUAUGCACUAGCCUUUAAUUCUUCUGAAGUUAUCAUUUCUAUGGGUGAUAACAACGUGGACUGGAUAAACUUUAUUCUUCAAGGAAAUAAAUUCAGUGAUGUUGAAACUAUAUCAUUACAAUCAGAGAGUAGUACUUUUCAAUAUACAGAAACUCAUAUUCAAGCCAUAAAUGGAACCAUAUAUCGAAAUUACCAGAUGUCCUUUAAGGGUAAUCUCCUUACCACCGAUCCUAGUAUUGUUGAACUCACGAUCAUCGCACCAGCACGUGUCACGACAAUGAUUUUAAGGCCACCACUUACUCUAGUUGAACUUUUUAGUAACAUCGGUGGUUACCUCAGCCUCUGGGGAAUUGUUGUCUUUCUUUUCGGUCGUGACAAGAUGGACCCAUUCGGAUUUGUCUCACGCUUUGUAUUCAUAGAACAGGAUAAAACGAAACUUCUUAAGGAAUUAAAGAAAAUGCAAUAUGAUAAAAAUAUUAAGCAAAAUAUUGUUGCCGAAAAAAGUAAUCUUGACGAUCAAGUUGAAUUAGAAAACCUGCUUGCGAAAUAUUAUGUUCACAUGGAUUUCUAUAAACAUGCUGUCAAGACGUCUGACGUAUAA